AUGGUUACUGCAGAGUAUCUCAACAACCGCAAUCCCAUCGCGGCCUACACCUUCAAGUAUCGCUCCCGAGAUGCGCUGCACAAGGAGCUGGUCAUUCCCAGAUCGCCGAGCCCUGGCCCCAUUGAUGGGAUGUCCGAGGCCGAGAUCCGCCGAUUAGCCGUGGAACGCCUCGACGAUAUUAACAACAACCGUGGCUCUCCAGCCGUCAAGCAAGAGGACGGGCGUCCGAUCAUCAAGCGGGAAUACGCCGAGAUAGUCGACCUGACGGAGGAGCCAGUCAAGCGGAAAUGGAAAAAGGUCAAGAUCGAAGGCAACCGUGUGGCUAUUGACCUCACCGACGACUAG